AUGAAGUUCACCACCAUCGUCGCCUCCCUUUGCCUAGUUGCGGCUCCAUUCGUCGCCGCAGAGGAGACCAUUACCUCGACUGCAACCACGACCGUUACUAAGACUCUGGUUCGCGUCAAUUCGGUGACCCCAACUCCUACUCCCAUCACGACUUCCAUCACGACUUCCGUCGCGGGUACCAUGGCGAGUACCAUCGCAAAUCCUAGCCCAAGUCCCAGCCCAAGUUCCAGCGCGAGAUACCUGAGCACCAUGUCUGUUUCGACGUCGACUCCCCUCUCUCGUGUGGCCUCCACUACUUCUGCUGUUCCAGCCGCCACCUCCAUCGGCGCAGCGGCCAACAUUGGCGCCGGCAUGCCAGCUGCCUUGGCCGUCGCUGGCUAUAUCGUUGUGAUGGUGGGCCAAGCCUUGUAA